GCCGUAGCUGCUGCUCCUUCGCUCUGCGGACCACGCGGCGGCCUCGCUGCCGGGAAGCUGCGUUCCGUCGCUCCGCGCCGACGGGCUCAGAUUUCUUUACCUCCAGAAAGAAAAAUUCAACACCUUGCAUCCUGGCAGUUCAUUUAGGAGUCUGAAAUUAGGGAUUUCUUUCAUAUUUGGACAUGGCUAAUCGAGGAGCAACAAGACCUAACGGGCCAAAUACUGGAAAUAAAAUAUGCCAGUUCAAAUUAGUACUUCUGGGAGAGUCUGCUGUUGGCAAAUCAAGCCUAGUGCUUCGUUUUGUGAAAGGCCAGUUUCAUGAAUUUCAAGAGAGUACCAUUGGGGCUGCCUUUCUAACCCAGACUGUGUGCCUUGAUGACACAACAGUCAAAUUUGAAAUAUGGGAUACAGCUGGUCAAGAAAGAUACCACAGCCUAGCACCAAUGUACUACAGAGGAGCACAGGCAGCCAUAGUUGUGUAUGAUAUCACGAAUGAGGAAUCUUUUGCAAGAGCAAAAAACUGGGUUAAAGAACUCCAGAAGCAAGCAAGUCCUAACAUUGUAAUAGCUUUAUCAGGAAACAAGGCUGAUCUAGCAAAUAAAAGAGCUGUAGAUUUCCAGGAAGCGCAGUCCUAUGCAGACGACAACAGUUUAUUAUUCAUGGAAACAUCAGCUAAAACAUCAAUGAAUGUAAAUGAAAUAUUCAUGGCAAUAGCUAAAAAGUUGCCAAAGAAUGAACCACAGAAUCCAGGAGCAAAUUCUGCUAGAGGAAGAGGAGUAGACCUCACUGAACCUACACAACCAACCAGAAAUCAGUGUUGUAGUAACUAAAUCUCCAGUUUGAGCUGGAAUCUUCUGCUUCCUAAAUGUUAAUAACAGUGGAAUUGGAGCAUUUAACCAGCCCAGUAUGACUCCCAAAACCCAAGAGACUUAUGAUAGAGUCAGAUUUCUAAUACAAAAUUAUUUUAAGUGUUUUGAACUUGAUUUUUAAUAAUAUGCAUGUGUCCCUCUGACUAAUGUUUCAGCAAUAGAAAGGGAAAAUGAGAUCUGUGUGUAAUUGUUUCACUGGAAAGUUGGCGGUAAUCAUUUCUCAUCAUCAGAAAUAAAGACAAAUGACUGUGUGGAGCCACAGUUAACCAUCCAGUUUCUCCAAACUGGGACAGUAGUCACGUGCAAAAAAAUUAGAAAUUACUAAUUUGGCCUUUCUGAAAAACAUUUUAGAAAGAUAUAAAUAUAUUUAUGCUUAGCUACAGUAUUCAUGCAACCUUUCUUCUGUUAUCUAAGGCGUACAUUCCACAUUUUAUUAAGUUAACCACAAGAAAACAGUCCCAUAUUUCCAGGAAGAAAAGGAGUAUUAAUAGCAUCUAAGUUAUAGCCCAUCUUACUAUUUUUCUGAAUGGGGUAAAGAAGUCAAAUGUAUCCCCACCUUGUUAGCAAUAUGAAAACUGAGAAAUGAAUUUUAAUGAAUAAUGUUCCCUUCAUGUGAGCUCUUCAAAAAAAGAAGCAAACCAGGUAUCUGAUUUUUUUUUUCCAAUCACUGCAGGCCGUUACAUAGGUCUUGUUUGGGGCAGGGAAGAGGCUUCUGUCCCCUUGGACGUAGUACAGUCAGUGCACUAACAAUUAUGUACAUUCAAACUUGUUUUAAAUUUUAUCUUCAGCUGUACUGUAAAUAGGGUACUGCAUUGUAACCUCCAUAUAUGUUUAUUGUUUUCUGUAAUAUUUAAGAGUUGCUUAAAAGUAUACAAAGUGUACAGUUACUAAAACAGCUAAUUCUUCCUCUCACCCUUUGCAAAGAAGGGGCUUCAGUUCCUACAUGGCCAGAACCAUAAUAAGAAAUGUGUCUGUAAUUUGUAACAUAAAUAUUACAAUGUUAGUAACAUUUAUCUUGCAGCCUUGUUUUUCAAAGUCCACUUUAUUUUGAUAAGUUCCGUAUAUUGCACUAAUUUCUAGGUAUUUUCAUUAUAUGAAAUCUACCAUGCGUCAGAUGAUUUAAUCUAUUUAAGUGUCGAACUCUUAGCAGACCUCUUGUACAUUUUACGGUAAUUCAGAAUUAGCAAGGAAAACAGUUCACCAGUGUUUAGUUUUAUAUUGAGGUGCUCAGGUUGGAAUAAAGUGGUAAAAAAGCAAA